AUGUCUGAAAUCUCAUUUAGCGAGAUGAGCCUUCAUGAGGUACCGCUCGCAUCGGAGGCGACCCCGUCCAGCGCCGUGGUGCUGGGCGGCCGCACCGACCUGCGCGUUGGCGACUUUGUUGGCUUUCAGCGCAUCUCGCCAAGCAAGGAGUGGAAGCUGUCCCUCGGCAAGGUGAUCGCCUUGCCGACGGCGCUCACCGUCAAGGUCGCCCAUUUCGACGCGGUUAAUGAGACGACGGUGACGCAGGACCCCAUCUCCGAGCAGAUGGUUCGCCAGAAGGCUGCGGAGACACAGAAGAUGGAUAUUUGGCACAACCGCGAGGCACUGCGGGAGAACCUCGCCCAGGAGUCCGCAAAGGAGAAGGCCGCGACGCAGCGCCUCCUCGCCGCGCGCGACCAGACAGUGACGCGUCAGAUGGCCACCGGCGAUAAAGUGACGGCGUCGCUGGAGAAUCUUGACAAUGCCCGUCGCCGUCUCCGCGAAGUCCCGGUGAAGGAGUGGGGUGCGCUGCGCAGCUCUUACCUUCCAUCCGCCGAGAUUCUCGGCGUGAUGCGCUCCGUCAUGCUCAUCCUCUACGAAGACAGCGUCACUAAGUGGGAGCACAUCCAGGAGGUGAUGCACCGCCAGGAUUUUAUGGAGCGCAUAUUGGGCUGGGACUGCACUGCCACCCCCAUGUCGCUGUCGCGCCGUAAACGGAUUGUUGCGCUGUGCGCCGGCAAGGAUGUGGAGGGCGCUCCUUCGAAGAAGCUCCAUCCCUCAGGCACCCGCUCGCGGUCCCCGUCCCGCCCGCUCGUAGUUGCGGCGAAGAGCACGAACCCGAGCAACGUUGUCAUCCUCGACAAGAACGUUCGCACCUGGAUCAACGCGCAGCUCAGCUGCUCUGAGGCUGCUCGCGAGCAGGAGAUGAUGAUCAACAGCUGCUUUGCCGAGCAGCAGGAGCAGCGUGCGCUGCUGCGCGAGAUCAACGACAUGCGCGUGGGCAUUUCCACCAUAGAGGUGCAGAUGCUGGAGAUGAAGAACGCCAUUCUCGGCAUCGAUGACGCACCGAGGCCGAUCAUGCCGCUCGACGCGUACCCGACCGACACCACCUUCUACAAGCGCACCUACCCGGACGCGGACGGCCGCUUUGUGCAGGAGAUCAUUCUGCGCGAGGCCGUCAUUCUCAACUUCGGCCCCAUAGCCGAGGAGGAUGCGGAGGGCUACGUCCGCCUGAAUUCCGCCCAGGUGGAGCGCCUGCGCGACGCUGUUGUCAGCACCAACGUGCGCCACGACGCGGAGGAGAUGGAGGAGCUGCUGGCCCGAAAGGAGCGCGAAGAGGAGGAGAUUGCCGAGCUCAAGAGCCGUAUCAGCGAGCUGCGCAAUAAAGUGUCGCUCACAGCGGAAGAGGAGGAGGAGCUGGCGCAGCUGGAGAAGCUUCUUGCCGAUGCUGAGCGCCGCCACCACGCAACACUGUCCCGCAUUGCCGACCUGUACGCCUGCGGCCGCGGCGCACGCGAGAUCACGCUGGCCAUUAAGCGUCCCGAGUUCCGCUACACCCGUCUGCACUGCAAGAUGUCCGGUGACUGGGAGACGAUCCUCAGCGACGCGGAGCGCUACAGCGAGAUGAUCGCCGCCUUCUGCGACGACGUGUCCACCUUGCUCAACAUCCCUGCCAGCUACGUGCUCGACAUCGAUACCUGCUGCGGCUCUCUGCUGAUCGACUUCACCGUGAAGCACAGCGGCGAUCUCGACGAUGAGCAGCUUCAGGAUCUUGUCAACAAAGGCUGCUUUUCUGCCCUCUGCAUGUUCUACGAGAAGGUUACGUUCAAGAAGACGUCGCCUCUCAACACGAGCCAACAGCAGCUGGCGUACGAUCUGGAGCAGCGCUUGAAUGGGCCGGCGCCGAUCUCCGGCAUGGGCAUAAAGCAGAUUCUGACAGACUACUACAACGCCGACGGCACGCUUGACGAGGAGUUCAGUGACGAGGUGAAAGCGCACAAGGACUACCGCAAGGCCCUCAUCACGAUUCCGCCUCUCCGAGAGGACUACGACGACGUGACUGUGCGCGGCCCCUUUGAGCAGCACGCCGAGGAUGAAGGCGAGGCGCUGAGUGCGGCGGUGCCGGUGAGCAUCAUGGCGUCGUCGGUGGCGGGUAACCGGAACAAGGGCGAGGAUGAGCUUGCCGGAGCGACACAGACGAGUAUAGAUCUUACCGACACGGGAGCGGCUACGCACGAUAUGACGGAGUCGGCGCCAGCGAUGGAGGUACACAGCCACGACAUGAAUUUGUCCUACAAUCCACAGCCCGCUGUAGAUGCCGCCGCUCCUGCCGCUCCUGCCGCUCCUUCCGUUUCUGCCCCCGCUGAGAACGUGGGGCAGCCCGGAGUCCCCAACACAGACGCGGGCAGCCUUUCCAGGUCGUCUGAAAUGUCUAGGGUGAAUUAG